AUUUCUGGGCGUUAAGCCCCGCCUUCCCGCAGGCUGCAGCCUUCUCUCUGGCAGCAUCAACGGAGCGGAGUCGGUGGGAGGACAACAAACGCAGCUUCACCGAAACGCAUCCGAAGAGCUCGAAGAGGCCAUUUCAACGCGGUGAGAAUACAACAAAACCAUCGUGUUUUCGCUUGAAGGCCAUGAUGGGAAGAUUAUGCCAAAUUGGCCUUUUGUCCCUGCUUAUUAUAUCUCUCCUCAAUACUGAACCGGCAUGGGGUAAGAGGGGUGGCAGCAGCAAGAAACCCUCCCUUUCAAGCAACAAGGGUGGGACGCACUCAAAGCCAUCCAGUUCUCAGCCAGCAAACUACCCCCGGCAGCCACAGAAUCCCGCCCGCAACCCAAAUCCAUAUCCUGCCGGAGGAAGUUAUCCCCAUCCUGGAACAGGCAAUUCUAAUCCCGGAGGAUAUCCCCGGCAAAAUCCACCAAAUUAUCCAAAUCAGAAUCCUGGGGGUUAUCCUGCAGGUAGCUAUCCAGGUGCAGGUGGGAGGGGGAGUUAUCCAAAUCAAAACCCAGGAUACCCGGCAGGAGGAUACCCUGCAGGAGGAUACCCUGCAGGAGGAUACCCUGCAGGAGGAAAUCCCGCAGGAGGAUACCCUGCAGGUGGAUAUCCCGCAGGAGGAUACCCUGCAGGUGGAUACCCCGCAGGAGGAAACCCUGCAAGGGGAUAUCCCGCAGGAGGGUACCCAGCAGGAGGUAGCUACCCCAAUCAGGGCAGACCAGGAUAUCCUAACCAGUACCCCGCUGGUGGUGGAUUUCCAAACCAGAACCCCGGCAGGAAUUAUCCCAAUCAAUAUCCAGGAGCUGGGUACCCAGUGGGAGGCGGUUAUUCUAACCAAUACCCAGGCGGAGGAGGCAUGCAUCCUGGUGGUUAUCCCAACUGGAGUCCAAAUAACAACGUGUUCAAUUCCAGGUUUGGUGGAGGAGGCUAUGGACAUGGUGGUUAUGGGAUGGGAGGAUCUCCUUUCUCUCGUACAGUGCAGGGAAUGGGGAUUCAGCCCAAGUCUACUGGUUUUGCCAAAAAAGCCAUGAUGGCAGCGGGUGUUGGUGCUCUGGCUGGGAUGGCCGUGGGAUACGGAUUAGGGCGCUUCCCUCGACCGCAUUUUAAUUUCCGAAGCCCCGAAGAAGAAUACUACUACAACAACUACAUGUACCGUCGGUACGGUAAGGAAUCCACAGACGAGAAAGACUAUGGCCGAGAUUACGUCUACAAAAUUCCUCCUCGCGCUGAGACCUACGAGAAUUUCAUGGCGCGCUGCAUGAACGAGACCGACAAAGACCAGGCCAGUCGUUCCCCUGCUCCCGUGAGUGGAGCGAAUGCCGAGGAGGAUGACACCGUCAGCAUUGAGGAGAUUGGGUACCCUGCCCUCAUUGAGCAAAUGAAGUCCCGGCGCUGUGUGGAGAAGUACAUGAUCUACUCGGAGAAGUUCCUGGAAUCUCGAUCGGAGCAACAGUCCCAGUCCGGUCGCAGCAGUGCUCUGAGCUGCGGGUUAUGUGAGCUUCUCACUUCCUGUUUCAUGCUCCUUUCCAGCAUGCUCCUGCUCCAGUGAGGAAAAUCAACUUCCUCACUGUUUUUACUUCAUCUCAAAUGGAUUUUUACUCCCAUUGUUUGUAGAUGCACGUGUGCCACAGUGGAACCAACAACCUUCAUACAGUCAUUUCAUAUUACUAAUAAGAAGAAACAAAACUUUUGACAUGUAU